AAAACCCCAUCCCUCUGCUCCACGGCCUGAGCCAGUGACAGCUACUUCCCGGAUGGAGGACGGCCCUGCAGCUGGCGGCAAAGCCAGGCCCACAGCCACAGCUCACGCAGCCUCCUAGCAGCUUCUCCACAGCCCAAGCCGGACGGGAGCACCCCAGAGACAUUCAGGUGCGUGCCACCCUGGACAAGGUGUUUGCCUGUCCUAAUGACAGCCAAAGCCAGCUUGGGGCCCAGCCCCUCAGAGCCGGUGACAGUGGUGGUGGCGGCAACAGCGGCAGCCACAGAGUCUGCAUCUGUGGCACCUGCCGGCAGCGAGUUCGGAGACAUCCACAACUGGACGGAACUACUUGACUUCCUCAAUGCCACCCUGUCCGAGUGCCACCUGGAGCUCAGUGAGGACACCAAGCGAGUGGUGCUCUUUAUCCUCUAUCUGGCCAUUUUCGUGGUGGGGUUGGUGGAGAACCUGCUGGUGAUCUGCGUCAACUGGCGGCGUGCGGGCCGUGUUGGGCUGCUCAACCUGUACGUGCUCAACAUGGCCGUGGCCGACCUGGGCAUGGUGCUGUCCCUGCCCGUGUGGAUGCUGGAGGUCACCCUGGACUACACCUGGCUCUGGGGAAGCUUCUCCUGCCGCUUUACACACUAUUUCUACCUGGCCAACAUGUACAGCAGCAUCUUCUUCCUGGUAUGCCUGAGUGUGGACCGCUACAUCACCCUCAUGGGCACCUCAGCCUCCUGGCAGCGCCAUCAGCACCGGGCGCGGCGGGCUGUGUGUGCGGGCGUCUGGGUCCUCUCGGCCAUCAUGCCACUCCCCGAGGUAGUCCACAUCCAGCUGAUGGAGGGAAUCGAGCCCAUGUGCCUCUUUCUGGCACCUUUUGAAACCUAUAGCCCCUGGGGCUUGCUGAUCAGCCUCUCCACUACCGUCCUGGGCUUUGUGCUGCCCUUCCCUCUCAUCGCCAUCUUCAAUGUGCUGACGGCCUGCAGGCUCCAGCGGCGCUCUGGCCAGUCUGAGGGCCGACGCCACAGCCUCCUACUCUGUGCCUACAUAGCCGUCUUUGCCAUCUGCUGGCUGCCCUACCACGUGACCCUGUUGUUGCUCACCCUGUAUGGGACCCACAUUUCUCUACACUGCUACCUGGCCCACCUGCUGUACUUCUUCUAUGACAUCAUCGACUGCUUCUCCAUGCUGCAUUGCAUUGCCAACCCCAUUCUUUACAACUUUCUCAGCCCCAGCUUCCGGGACCGGCUGCUGAGUGCCGUGGUCCAUUACCUUCCCAAGGACCAGGCCCGACGGGGAGGUACAGGGGCCGCCUCCUCCUCCUCUUCCACCCAGCACUCCAUCGUCAUCACUAAGGAGGGCGCCAGCCCAUCCUCAGCAGUGGGCCCUGGGCCCCACCCAGGCCCUAGCUGCAGGCUGUCCUGUUUGCCUCCAAGCACCUCACCCAUCUCUGCUCCUCAGCCUCCUGCAUCCAGCGGAGGUGGACUCCGGGGCUCCUCGUGAGGACAGGCUGCCCGAAGCAGCAGAUGAGAGAUUGCUGGCAUGCGGCAGAGAGCCAUUUACACACGCAGCUGCAUGUUGUGUGGACCUCAAAACAGUGAGGUGGGGUGAGGGAGAGGAGUGG